GGCGGUCACUGGCCUCAGGAUUAACUUGGAGAAAUCGGUGAUGUUCACAGUCGGGGACAUCCCAAACCCUGAGUUUUUUGCUUCUAGCUUUGGGUGCAAUUGGAGUGGGGAGCCUUCCAAGUAUCUGGGGUUCCCUCUUGGCGCAAAUCCUAAUGCUAUCUCGGUGUGGGACUCAGUUGUGGACAAAUAUCAGAAGAGGCUCGAUGGUUGGAAAGGUAAAUAUCUUCCCCUUGGAGGCAGAUUAACUUUGAUCAAGGCUGUGCUCUCGAGUCAACCGGUUUAUUUCUUCUCUCUUCUUCGUGCUCGUUCUUCUGUGGUGAAAAGAUUGGAGGGUGUUCAAAAAAGGUUUUUGUGGAGCGGUUCGGGUGAUACUAAGAAAUUUGCUUUGGUUAGAUGGGAUAUCUGCAAAGCUCCUAUCUCGCGGGGUGGCCUUGGGAUCAUUGACCUUGAUUCCUUUAAUAGGGCUAUGUUAGGGAAGUGGUUGUGGCGGUACGCCAAUGAGGGCAAUAGUUGGUGGAGGGAGUUGAUCAGCAUUAAGUUCCCUAGUCAGCACUCUGUUUGGCGCACUGUGAGAUGCCGUCAGGGAUUCUCAGGCUCAGUUUGGGCAAAUAUCUCCAAAGAGUAUGAUGAUUUUUGGAAGAUGGCUAAUAUUGAUGCUGGUAAUGGUGCUUGGGUUUCCUUCUGGUAUGAUAGCUGGAUUCCAGAAGUGGUUCUUGCUGAGAAAUUCCCGAGAGUUGCUGUUGCCUCUAGCUCUCUGAACGCCAGGGUCUCGCACGCCGCGUCCCUCUCAGGUACUUGGUGGAUGGCAAGUUCAGCGGAGCUUCGGAGUUCCCGGAUGAGUCUGUGUGGAGGCAGAUUGUGCCGACAAAAAUCUGCUUUUUUGUUUGGCUAGUGGUGCAGAAGAGAAUUCUCACCAUCGACAACUUGAAGGCCAGGGGCUGGCAGCUUGCCAACAGAUGUGAGCUCUGCGGCAAAGAGGAGGAGAACAUCGAUCACAUUUUCUCCCAUUGUGAGUUUGCUAGGGACGUGUGGAGUGCUUCAAGAAGGGUCUGUGGUCUUUCUACAGGCCCAAGUAGAGACAUUAUAUCCAUGAUUCGAGAGUGGCCUUCUUGUCCUGCUUCCAGUGUUAACAGUUGGGUUUGCUUCGGACUUCUUCACUCUUUGUGCUGGCAGAUCUGGUUGGAGAGAAAUAGAAGAGUAUUCAGAGAUGCUCGCUUGCACGCUAGGAUCGUCACUCGUAAGGUGCUGAGGGAUGCUUUGGAUUGGGCAAUCUCUUUUGGGAAGGUGGAUAAAUCUCAAGGUUUGCGGUGGGCUGAGGAGAAUCUGCUGAACCUCGGUCGACGCUUUUCUUCCUCCUGAUGAGCGAUUGAGUUCUUCCUUUGAUCGGCUUUGUUGCCUCACUCUUGGGGUUGUCUUUGCGUUCUAGGAGGGCUGUCGGGGGUUCGUGGUCUCUGCUUUCUGUUUCGGUUUUCUAGCAGGGUUGGCUCGGUCCAAUUAGCUAGUUCUCCUGGGGUUCUUUGUCCCUCGCCUCUUUCUGCUCUUUUCUGCUUUGUUUUUUUCCGCAG